UUGCCAACUAGAAAUAUACAGCAGUAUGUUGCUAUGCCCGUUGAUAUUAAAAGUACUGAGGAAGCAACCUCGUUAUUCACACCGGACGUUGUACAAAAAAUGGUUCAAAAAAUGAAAAGGGGUAAAGCCCCAGGUUUUGAUGGAUUGAAUUUAGAACAUAUUUUAUUUACAGGUUUGGACAUCUAUAGUAUUUUGUCAGAAUUAUUUACGUUUUGUGUCAAUUCUGGAUAUUUGCCGAAAAAUCUCAUGCGAACGGUGGUGAUUCCAAUCCCUAAAAAUAAAUCCGGUGACCUUUCUAGUCUUAAAAACUACCGGCCGAUUUCUUUAGAGACUAUUAUAGGUAAAAUUUUGGAAAAGCUAUUACACGCGAGUAUAAGCAACAACAUUAGGGUUGACGACACACAGUUUGGUUUUCGUUCCGGACUUUCAACGGACUCUGCAAUCUUCAGUCUUAAAUCGAAAGUUAACUACUAUAUAAAUAGAGGUACACCUGUGUAUGCUUGCUUUUUAGACCUUAGUCAUGCCUUUGAUCUAGUUAACUAUCAGCGACUAUGGCAUAAACUAAUAGCAUCAAAUGGACCCAGAAAGACUGUGGAUCCGUUGAGAUACUGGUACGGGAACCAGACAAACUUUGUGAAAUGGGGCGACGCCAUCUCUAACGAUUAUAAAUUAGAGUGUAGCUUGGUUAUCCUCUCUGCCCUGGUUGCGAUUGCGGCCUCAAAACCUUCAGCGGCGUACUUCGCAGCUGCACCAGCCCCAAUUGUCACCGCUACCAGCUCGCAAUAUUACCACCGAUUCAACAACGGCCUGGCUGCGUACGUUGCUGCCCCAGCAACCUAUAUAGCUGGCGCCGCUCCCUACUACGCCGCCGCUCCCUAUGUUGCUGCUGCUCCUUACGUAGCUGCUCCUGCCCCUAUAGUUGCCGUAUAA